AUGGCCUUCAGAGGUCCUGAUCUCCACCUCCCUGCAUCCUUGCUGAGCCAGAGGCUGAAGGCUGAAGAGAUGACACUGGACCUGGAGUUUGAGGUCUUGAGUGUGGGAUUUAAUGAGGAGGGCAGAUAUGCCCUGAGGCUGUCAGCUGAGAAUCCUCUACAGGCAGGCUCUGGGGCUGGAGUGCAGUUGCGCAUCAAUGAUGGGGACCCCCUCCCAGCCUGCUCUGCUGUCACUGAGGUCAUUGAGCAGCAGGAUACUGACCAGAGCCUCACCUUCACCAGGAACAAAUUUAUCUUUACUUUGCCCAAAGGGUUCUGCAAGAAUGACGGGCAGAAUGAUGCACAUCUGCGCAUAGAGGCACUGAGGCUGGAUGGAUCUUCAGGACAGGUGGCCCAGAGGGUGGGUGAGGCUAUCUUUCCCAUCUACCCACGACCAGAUGAGCCCCGAAUGAACCUCACAGCACGGGAGCAUGAGGACCUGUAUCGUUACUGCGGCAACCUGGCUCUUCUCCGAGCUAGUGAGGACCCCACAGCCCGUCACUGUGGGGGCCUGACCUACAGUGUGGCCUUCCACGUGCACCGAGCCCCUAGGUCCUCUGUCUCAAACUGCCUUGUGGAGCCCAGCCAGCCAGAACUGAUUCUGCUACAUUCUCAGCAGACUUUGAGGGAGGUCCUGAGUUACAAGGCAGAAGUCUUCUCUGUGAGCCCAUCCAGCUCCAACAGUGACCAGGAGGAACUUAGCUGGGAACCAGAACGCUGGCAGCAUAAGGCUCAGGUUCCUGAAGAACCAGGGGACCCCCUGGAUAUCUCCCUGGACCCAGGUCCUGACACCAACUACCUGGCUCCCUAUAAUAAGGAGAUUGUCACGGUCACUGUGCACGGAGCUACCAACCUUCCUGCCAGCAAGGACGGCUCUGAGCCGUGGCCCUAUGUGGUGGUAAAAACCACAUCAGAGGAAGCCACCGCUCCCAGCCCCAAAGCAGUGACCUCUGUGACCUCAGAACCCACCAGAGCACCCAUCUGGGGGGACACAGUGAAAGUGGAGAUCCAGGCAGAGGAUGCAGGACGAGAAGGUGUCAUCCUCAAGGUGAUGGACAACAAUAAGAAGGAGGAGCUGGUGUCCUAUGAAAUCCCCAUUAAAUACCUGCGUGUAUUCCACCCAUACCACUUUGAGUUUAAAAAGGUCUUCCUUCGGGGAAUCAACGAGCCCCUGGUCAACAGCCCCAACCCCAUGGUGGUAAUCGCUCGGGUGGUUCCCAGCUACACGGAGUUUAAGGCCAGCCAGGCCAGGCGGGACCCUGCCUCUGUGGGGCUGCCCCUCACCCAGCUUUCUGUCCCUAUCUCAUCACCAAUGAACUUCGAUGUGCCUCGGGUUAGUCAGAACGGGUGUCCUCAGCUGUCCAAACCUGGGGGACCCCCAGAGCAGCCCUUAUGGAACCAGUCCUUCCUCUUCCAAGGCCGAGAUGGAGCCACCAGUUUCUCAGAUGACACAGCCCUGGUGCUAGAGUAUUACCCUUCUGCCUCAAUGAAAAGCAGUGAACCAUGGACCCUCAAGCAGCCCCUGGGUGUCUCCGUGCUACCACUAAAAUCUCGUCUCUACCACAAGAUGUUGACAGGAAAAGACUUGAAAGGGCUGUGUGUGGAACGGCUCCCCAUCACGGACACCCACCUAAAAACCAUCAGUGGAGAGCCCCCCACAGUGAAUCUCUCCUUCCAACUUCUUUCCUCUGAGAGGCCAGAAAACUUCUUGACACCAAACAAGAGCAAGGCUCUGCCCACUCUGAACCCCAAGAUCCUAGAUGAGAAUCUGGGUGCCAUCCGUGAGUCCUGGUCCAUGAGCUCCUCAGAAUCCUCUCAGGAAGCCGAGGAGCCUCAGACGUUGCGUGGCAUGGAGAUGAACAACUACCGGCGGGCCUUGCAGAAGAUGGCAGAGGACAUCCUGGCACUGAGGAAGCAAGCCAGCAUCCUGGAGGAGGAGAACCGUAUGCUGAGGAGCCAACUGACCCAGCAGAGCAUGGAAGAAGAACAGAGCAGAGCUGAAGAAGAGAGCCUGGCAGUGUCCAUGAAGCAGAGUCUACUGCUGAGUGAACUGGAUAUAAAGAGGCUGCGAGACAGGGUGCAGCACCUGCAGAAUGAGCUGAUUCGGAAGAAUGAUCGAGAGAAGGAGUUGCUGCUUCUGUACCAGGCCCAGCAGCCCCAGGCUGCACAGCUGAAGCGGUACCAGGACAAGCUGCAGAAGAUGAAGGCCCUGGAGGACACUGUACGGCACCAGGAGAAGGUGAUUGAGAAGAUGGAGCAAGUGUUGGAAGAAAGGCUCCGGGAGAAGAAGGAGCCAGCACCAGCAGCAAACAGGCCACAGGGGAAUCCCAACGUGGGCGGACCUGCUCCCCCAGGCAGAUCUCAGACCUUCCCCGCGUUCACAGCCUCUGGCAUUCACAUGGGCCCCACGGGAGAGAACGUGGCUGUUGAUCUUUACUCCAUGUUGCUGGCAGAAAACACGAGGCUGCGGGCAGAGCUGGAAAAGAACCGCCAGCAGUCAGCCCCCAUCAUUCUGCAGCAGCAGGCCUUGCCGGUGGAUCCCAGGGAGUUGGGAGCAGGUGGAGACUUGGCAGAGAGGCUACGAGACACAAAAGGCCCAGGCCACUCCAAGUGCACAGAGACCUUGCCAGCGCAGGAUCUCCUUGGUGGUACUUCAGACAAGUUUAACCUCCUCACCAAGCUAGAACAAGCUCAGAAUCGGAUCUUGUCCCUGGAAAACCAGCUGGAGGACUCAGCACGCCGCUGGGCACAAGAGAAGCAAAACUUGGCCAUACGGCUUCAGGAGCAACAACAUGGCUUUGGACACCCAUCAAACUCCAUUAUCAUAGACCAGCCUAAUGCUGGAGUGGCCAAGGAUCCCCAGCAGUCCUCCAAACUGGAACCCUCACUGCCCAGCUCAGACAUGAAGCUCAACAGACUCUCAAACUCCCAGAUGGAGACCUCUAACCCCCAGAAGACCUGAGCCUGGAGCUGGCCUCCUUCCCCAUGUGCUGGGGAGUCAUCCCCACCCCAAAGAUGUCUUUAGUAAAUGCUAUAACUCAAUAA